AUGGGUAAUAUUUGUGCUUGUUUAGUUAAUAGUGAUAGCAAUGAAGACGAGUCUCUAUUAGCAGGCCAACAAAAUAGUUAUGGUACUGAUAAUGUGGUGGAUGAGGAAACAUUGCUAGGACGACAGAUGAAAGAGCAAGAGGAACAAAUAAUGCUCAGAAACCAAGAAUUAAGAGAUAUUGUAAACAGUACAAAUGAUAAACUUAUAGAUAUAUCUAUGAUAAGUAAUAGUGGAAUUGUACUAGAAGGCCAUGAUAAUAACUUUAAAAAAUUUCUAAAGGAAAUCAAAUAG